AUAGACGGUUGGGUGUUUGCGCAUGCGCAUUAUACAUCUCCUUGAAACGAUUUUACAUAGCGUGUUCUAGUGCGUACAUCGUAAAUAUAAAUUAACGUUCUAUUCUGACUUCGUAUGUUCCCGGGUAAUCUCAAUUAAGUGCUCAACGCGUACGUAAUACAAGAAGAUCUACCAUUCUCUCAUCAUUCUCUAUUGUUACUAAUCAUUUGGACUUUAUCAUUAUAUAACUGAAGCCAUUAUAUAACUCCAGUUCCAAAAAGAUGACGCAUUCAAGGUCCACGAGUGAUACUCACGAUGUACAGAACAUAUCUACACCUGUAGGUUUACAACUAUCUGGAAAAUACAAAAAAAGUUUCGCUUAUGUUACAAUCAAGGAUAGAUUGCCAGUGAUAUUAACAAGAGUCAUCGAUCACUUUAGUCGUAAUAAAGAAGCUAUAAAAAACAUUUAUGGCGAGGAUUCCAUAGAUGAAAUCAAAUACCUUAUAGGAUUUGUAAGCAAACUAAAAAAUGAAUUAGUUACUAACAAAACUUUAAAACCUUUGCGUUUGCAUGACUAUACGUCCAAUGAUGAAGCAGAUGAAUGGAAUAUAUAUCUAGAACACAGGAUAGAUAUAGAAGGUGAAAUACCCACAUGGUUCAAUACAAUAUGGCUAUACUGCGAAUGCUACAUGUACCGCGUAUUAGCUCAAGAGAUUAGUUUAACGGUUAAAUUAUCACGUUACGACCCGUUUGAGGAUGAGAAACAAGCGAAUUUUAUUGAGUCCAUUAGUAGUAUAAGCGCCCUUGGUUCUUAUGUGAGACAUGUUGUAUCUACGUACAUGAUUGAUGACACAGAAAAGAAGGAAACGUUUCGAAAAUUACUAAACGUGUGUUUAUGGGGUAACAGAUGUGACCUCUCCUUGAGCGCAGGAUCUGGAGCUAGCCAGUCUGGGGAUCCACUUGAAAUAUUGGAAUCUUUAAAAGAAAAUAUAAUAUCAAAUGAUUGGGAGAAUGUGUGGAAUGUUUUACAUGACACGACCGAAACAGAGUGCGUUACAGUUGAUAUAGUACUCGAUAAUGCAGGGUACGAACUUUUCACUGACUUGUGUUUAGCAGCAUUUUUGAUUCUGAAACAAUUUGCAACUAAAGUAAGAUUUUACGUCAAGAAAUAUCCAUGGUACGUGAGCGAUGCAACGCUGCACGAUUUUUAUUGGAUCUUAGAGCAGAUGGGUUAUUUGAACUCACAUCCGGAUCUGCAAUUCUUAUCUAAAAUGUACUUUGAUUUUCUGGACGCUGAGUGUUGGAGCUUGGAGGAGGAGCCAUAUUGGACGAGUCCGUACGAUUUUACAAAAAUGAAAGAAAAGGACACAAAACUAUAUGAAAAAUUAUCUAGCGCUAAAUUAGUAAUAUUUAAAGGUGACUUAAAUUAUAGGAAACUUUUAGGUGAUGUUAAUUAUGAGCAUAUUACAACAUUUGCAAAUGCAUUGGGAGAUUUUUGUCCUACAAAUAUUGUGAGUUUGCGCACUGUGAAAUCGGAUGUUUGUGUUGGAUUACAACCCGGUCUCUCUGAAUUGUUAUUUGAAAUGGAUGACAGUUGGAUGGUUACUGGAAAAUAUGGUCUUAUUCAAGCUAGUAUUCUCAUGGAUAAAUCCAACACUUCGAGUGAACUUUCGACAUAUUCUGAAGAAAACGUAAAAACGUUAUAAAUUAUUAUAAUCGUUAUAACCUACUCUUAUAUAUUAUUGUACAAAUACAGAAAAUAAUAUAGUACAUGUUAUAUGUACAAAGGAUAAAAAUGAUGAUAUCCACACAACUUUUGUAUUUGUAUUCAUUGUAAAAUAAUUUAUAUUUGUGUAAUUUCUCCCGUGCCAUAGUGUAUAUUAACUAAAAUAUGUUACAGUUUAUAUAUAUAUAUAUGUGUGUGUAUGUGUGUGUAUACACAUAUAUAUAUAUAUACAUAUAUAUCUAUAAAUGUACAUAAAUAAAGUUUAAACUUGCUACCA